AUGGUUCAAAUAAAGCAUCCGAUGUUUGAGUUUACAACUCUGCCAACAUCCAAAAUUCAAGCUAUGCCCCCAGUUUUAAAUACUGUAAGUUAUACUUGGGAGUUGCUAUACCUAUAUGCUUCUUAUUUUGGAGAAAUAACAAAAGUCGCUGAACUGAUUUGUUGUAUCAUCAAACUUCGCAGUUACAUCGACAGCUUUGGAGUGGGUGGAGAGAUACCUCAGACAUUUGCUAGCCUAGUAAACAUGAAAACCAUGUGGGCUUCAGAGAAUGCUUUCACAGGCAAGAUACCUGACUUUAUUGGGAAUUGGUCCAAACUAACCUCCUUGAGAUUUGAAGGGAACUCUUUUGAAGGGCCUAUUCCAUCCAGCUUAUCUAAUUUGACUUUGUUAACUGACCUGAGAAUUAGUGACUUGUCUAACAUAAGCUCAUCGUUGGAUUUUAUCAAGGACAUGAAGAAAUUAACCGUCUUAGUUUUGAGAAACAGUUUGAUUUCUGGUGGUAUUCCAUCCAAUGUGGGAGAGUAUGGAGAGUUACAAAGGCUUGAUCUGAGCUUUAACAAUUUAACUGGACGCAUUCCAGGGUCUCUCUUCAAUUUGAGUUCUCUUUCUAACUUGUUUCUGGGGAACAAUAGCCUGUCUGGUAUCCUUCCUCCCCAAAAAAGUUCAAGACUUCUCACUGUAGAUUUGUCAUACAAUGAACUGUCAGGAAGUCUUCCUUCUUGGGUAACCCAGCAAAACACAUCACUGAAUUUGGUCGCAAAUAAUUUUCCAGACGAUAUCUUAAGAAACACUAUGAAAGAUAUAGCUUUCAUAUCUCCAGGCUAUAAGCAGGACUUUGUAGUUGUAGGAUCUUGCCACCUACUCCUAGUCGGUCUGAACCAUUAUAAAUUGUUUCCAAACUCCUCUUUCGCGAUUAAGUGUGGUGGCUCAAAUAUGAGAUCUUCAGAUGGUAUAGAUUUUGAGGCAGACAACUCAACUCUUGGUCCAGCAUCGUUACAUCUUACUAAUACUAGGAGAUGGGCCGUUAGCAAUGUCGAUCUGUUUGGUGAAAGAGAAGGAGCUCAGUAUACCUUGAAUACUCUUUCUCAGAUUACGGGUACUUUAGACUCGGAGCUGUUUCAGACAUCCAGGAUAUCAGGAUCACUAAGAUACUACGGCCUUGGUCUUGAGAACGGACCGUACAAAAUCAACCUACGAUUUGCGGAGACAGAUUAUAAAGAUCCCAGCACACUCACAUGGGAGAGUCUUGGAAGACGUGUUUUCGAUAUUUAUCUUCAGGGGAAUAGGCGCGUGAAGGAUUUUGAUGUAAGAAAGGAGGCAGGUGGGGCCUCUAAUAGAGCUGUUGAGAAGAAUUACAAGGUUCAGGUAUCUCAGAACUACCUUGAGAUUCAUCUUUUUUGGGAUGGGAAAGGGACUUGCUGCAUACUUAAGCAAGGUUCUUACGGACCAUCCAUUUCUGCCAUUAGUGUUACACCAGAUUUUCAACCAACUGUCAGUAACCUUCCUCCAGCUGCUCCCAAAAAGAGCAAGACUGGUUUAAUUGUCGGCAUUGUAGUUUCUGUUACGGUGUUGAGCUGUAUUGCCAUAUUUGCGGUGUUUUAUUGUAGAAGGAAAAAGUCAGAUAUCGAUGAAGAAGAAGAGCUUCUAGGGAUAGAGAACAGGCCAAAUACGUUUACUUAUGCAGAACUGAAAAAUGCUAUAAAAGACUUCAAUUCUGCAAACAAGCUAGGAGAGGGAGGAUUUGGAUCUGUUUACAAGGUAAUCAAAUAA